AAGAUGCUUUUCUGCGUAGAUUUGGAUUCUAACAUACAGUAAAAUAACGGAAGGUGUGGUUUUUUGUACGACAAACUGCCAAUAGGCUUCAAUUCUUUUCACACUCACGUUAGUGGCUAAUUCGAAAAUUGUACCAUGCAAUCUAUGGUAUGCAACGAGGAAUACGGCGGUAGGAUUUUAUAAAAUGUUCAAGUCAGGUAAAUCAGAUUUUGAUCGGUAAAAUGGAUUGUGACGUCAGGGUUUAUAACCCCCAGGGGAGGGAGAGCAAGGUUGGAGUAUCGUAUGUAAGCUAUUCGUCCUAGGUAAAGUAGGCAGUAGGCGAGGAAGAGCGAGCACRAGAGACGCACCACCCACCAAGCUAAAUAACAUUCUUAUUCCCUAUUGAUCAGGGCAUGACUCCUCACUAGGGUGAUAUUUGAGGCGUGAACAGCAAGAGCGGCGAUAUGGCCUAUAUCCAGAUACCUGAUGAUAAGGGGUAUAAGUUGGACCUCUUCUGUGUCCCCAAACACUAUGAGGAGGAUUUAGACCAGGUUAUCAUCCCCCAUGGACUGAUCAUGGACAGGACUGAGCGCCUGGCUCGUGAUAUAGUCCGGGACAUGGGGGGACACCAUAUAGUAGCACUGUGUGUUCUCAAAGGAGGUUAUACAUUCUUUGCCGACCUGCUGGACUACAUCAAGACCCUAAAUCAGAACAGCGAUAAGUCUGUCCCGUUGACUGUGGAUUUCAUUAGGCUAAAGAGCUAUUGCAAUGACCAGUCUACAAACAUUGUCAAAGUUAUCGGAGGGGACGAGCUCUCAACUCUAACUGGGAAGAAUGUUUUGAUAGUUGAGGACAUUGUGGAGACAGGGAGGACUAUGGAGACACUGCUAUCACUGCUGAGUGACUGCAAUCCAAAGAUGGUCAAAGUCGUCAGCCUUCUAGUCAAGAGAACACCAAGGAGCUCAGGCUACAGACCAGACUACAUCGGGUUUGAGGUGCCAGAUUCGUUUCUGGUGGGAUAUGCCCUGGACUACAACGAGUACUUCAGAGAUCUCAGUCACAUCUGUAUACUGAACGAGAACGCAAAGGAGAAGUACAAAGUGUGAGCUGAGGCGAUAGACAGAUGGAUGACGAGAGACUAGGACCACUGUGAUGAUCCUGAGCUUUUUAGGGUUCUGAACCUUAUUUAUCUAUGUAUGAAACCUACUUAAUGUGAACACAUGGAUUGUGAAUUCAGUUUGCAAGAUGCUAUUUGAGAAAACAAAAAUGUAUUGAAUUCAUAUUUUUGUUCCCCUGGAAGCAAUGGGAUGAGUUAUGUUUUUAAGUAGAGGAUUCGUGUAAAGAUAGUUUUGGGAGAACACUUUUAUUUAGAUUUGUAAUUAUAUAUUAUAUUGGGGCCUUGGAUGCCUCUGCAUCUGAUUUAUGUUAGUAAGGAUGGAUUUUGUUAUGUUGCUUAAUACAAUCCACAGGAUCUCAGGCGACUGUACAUAUCCACAGUAAAAUCUAUGUGAGUCAAGUCAUGUACUGCAUUGUACAAACCAAUGAUGCUGUUUAGCUCAUAUGCCAUGCCCAUGCAAAGACAAGCCUGGAAUGUAAUGUAACAAUUUUGUUUAAUAAUGGCAAUGUUUUCAUUCACCAAGGACAUUAACAAUCCUAUUUUAAUAUUGCUGUCAAUCUUAAAUGUGUGUGUUAGAGAGAGAGAUGCCUUCCAUGGAAUGACUUUAAAGAAAAGAGAAAUCUGCA